CCGUCCCUGUCACCUCUCCGCUCGCCGUAGUUUCUGUCAGGAACAUGUUGACCGUUCUCCGCCGGCGGCUGCCCGGUUUCCGCUUUCUCUGGAGAGGGAGAGCCGCCUCCGGGCUGAUCAGCAGCAAUGAGAGCCCCGGGAAGAACAACAAGUACCAGGACACCGUGCUGCUCCCUCACACCGACUUCCCUAUACGCCGGAGCCCCGAGGACACCGUCAGCACCGAGCUGCGCCUGCAAGAGGAGGCAAACUUCUUGCAGCUUUAUAAUUGGCAAAAAGCGAGAAAAGCAAAGAAGGAAUUCAGUCUACAUGACGGCCCCCCCUACGCUAACGGAGACCCCCACGUGGGACAUGCACUUAAUAAAAUACUGAAGGACAUUACAAAUCGUUUCCACAUGAUGAGGGGCUACAAAGUGACCUACGUGCCAGGUUGGGACUGCCACGGCCUGCCUAUAGAACUGCGGGCCCUGGCAGAGAUCGGGGACAAAGCUGACAGUCUCUCCCCACUCGAGAUAAGAAGCAGAGCUAGGGCAUUUGCAGAAAAGGCUAUUGAGAAGCAGAAGUCCUCCUUCAUCCGCUGGGGGGUAAUGGCGGACUGGGAUAACUGUUAUUACACGUUUGAUAAGAAGUACGAGGCAAAGCAGCUGGAUGUUUUCUUCAAGAUGCACGAGAAGGGCCACAUAUACCAGGAUUACAGACCCGUGUUUUGGUCCCCAUCCACGAAAACAGCGCUGGCUGAGGCCGAGUUAGAAUACAACCAGCAACACGUCAGCCGAUCCGUCUUUGUUAAAUUUCCGCUGAAGAAACCUCCUCCUAAACUUGCUUCUGCAAUUGAUGGAGCCACAGCGAUCAGUGCUCUGGUUUGGACAACACAGCCGUGGACCAUUCCAGCUAAUCAGGCGGUCUGCUACAUGCCAGAUACCACCUAUGCCAUUGUAAAGUGUGGAUCCUCAGGAGAGCUCUUUAUUCUGGCUGCUGAUUGCGUGGACGCCACUGCUCUGUCCAUGGGGACUCAUUUUGAGGUCAUCUCAACAUUUAAAGGAGCUGAUCUGGAAAACGGCAUCUGUGAUCACCCCACAAUACCAGGACGCUCCUCUCCUCUUCUGGCUGCAAACCAUGUCACUAUGGGCAAAGGCACUGGCCUUGUGCAUACUGCCCCUGCCCAUGGCAUAGAAGAUUAUGGAGUCGCCUCUCAUCACAAGUUACCUGUGGACUGCCUGGUGGAUGAAGCUGGCCGCUAUACUGCUGAAGCAGGAGCUGAUCUGGAAAAUAAAGUGGUGCUUGAAGAUGGAAAUGAGGCCGUCAUACAGAUGCUGCUCGGCUCCAAGAAUCUGAUAAAAGAAGAAAGUUUUGUUCACAGUUACCCAUAUGACUGGAGGACCAAGAAGCCGAUCAUCAUCCGAGCCAGUCAGCAGUGGUUUGUGAACACGGCUAAUGUUAAAGACAAGGCUCAGGAAGUUCUAAAAAAAGUGAAGUUUACCCCGGCGUCAGCCUCCAGCAGGAUGAUUGAGAUGCUAGGCCGCCGCACAUACUGGUGCAUAUCAAGGCAGCGGAGCUGGGGUGUCCCUAUUCCUGUCUUCUAUCAUAAGGAGACACGAGAAGCUCUCAUCAACAGGCACACUGUCGGUCAUGUCAUUAAACUGGUGGAGCAGCAUGGCAGUGAUGUGUGGUGGACGCAUCCCAUAGAAGAACUGCUUCCUACGUCCGUGCUUCAGAAGGCUGGCAGCACUGCCAAUGCGCUUGAUUUUGAGCCGGGCCGAGACGUUUUAGAUAUCUGGUUUGACAGUGGAACCUCAUGGGCCCAUGUUUUGGAAGACGCAGAGCAGCGAGCCGACGUGUACAUAGAAGGGAAGGAUCAGCUCGGGGGAUGGUUCCAGUCCUCAUUACUCACCAGCGUGGCCUCCAGGAACAAAGCUCCUUACAAGAACUUGGUUGUCCAUGGCUUCACCUUAUCUGAGAAAGGAGAGAAGAUGUCUAAAUCACUUGGGAAUGUGGUGGAUCCCGAUGUCGUUAUUAGUGGUGGAAAGGACAAAGUAAAGGAGCCGGCCUAUGGAGCAGACGUCCUGCGGUGGUGGGUAGCUGAAUCCAAUGUCUUUACAGAAGUAAUGAUUGGUCCGACAGUCCUGAACUCGGCGCACAAGGACAUCAACAAGGUGCGGAACACCGUGCGAUUCAUGCUGGGUAACUUGUCUGGAUUCAACCCUGACACGGACUCCGUCCCUGGACCUGAGAUGUAUAUCAUAGACCAGUAUAUGCUCCAUCUGCUUCAAGACUAUGCCAGCAAGGUAACUGAGGCCUACAAGAAUUAUGAGUUUGGGAAGGUCACUCGUCUGCUGGAAGCCCUGGUCACCAGAGACCUGUCCAGCUUUUACUUCAGUAUAAUCAAAGAUCGGCUGUACUGUGAAGAAGAGAGAGACCCUAAGCGUCGCUCAUGUCAGACUGCGUUGGCGAAGGCCUUGGACAUAGUGGUUCGCUCAUUCGCACCAAUUCUUCCACACCUGGCUGAAGAAAUAUUCCAGCACCUGCCAUAUAGAAAAGAUGGUGACAGUGUUUUUCGAACCGGGUGGUAUGUGCCGAAUACUGUGUGGAAGAAGCCGGGCUUGGUGGAAGCCGUAGAGGCUGCUUGUUCCAUGAGGGAUCUUUUUCUUGGAGCAAUACCCGGCAAGAACACAGUGGAGCACGAGCUCUGCGUCGUCAUUGAGCCUGGCCUGCUGUUUGAGCUAAUGGAGACUCUGCAGGUGGAGGAGACAUCGAGCACAUCUCAGCUGAACGAGUUGCUGAUGGCAUCUCAGACCAGUCUGCUGACCGAGGUCCCAGUGGAUCUUUCUGCAGAUGCCACAGUCCUUAAAGGGUCCUUCCUCAUCAACCUAGAAGGCGGUGACAUCCGUGAGGAGGAGGCAUAUAAAGUCAUAAUUCAGCCGAGUACCAAAGAACGCUGCCCACGCUGCAGAAAGUAUACCACCAAAUCUGCCCUCACCCCCUGCCCCCGCUGCCUGGAGGCUAUUGCCGGAAAAUGGGGCCAGUAGCCUUGUGGCUGCCACGCUGCAGGUGCCUUGUGUCUCCUCGACCUGCUGGGAACUGACAGUUGCCGUCAUCUGCCUGGCCGGUGUAGAUGCAUAUACUAAGUAUGUGCUGAUUAUUUACAGGAGAGCUGCUCUCAUAGUCUGCACUAUUCUGGAUUAUUAGACUUUUUCUGCAGCAUUGUGAUAGCUAAGUGGGAAAAUUUUACAUUUCCAUAGCAACCUGUCACAAGGCUAUAUGACUGAUGAACGUGACAUCACAGGCCAAGAGAGACCAUGCCCUCACUUGAGGGCCACAGCCCUUUCCAAUAGCUGAUUGCCUGGAGUCAGACCCCACCUGAGGAUAAUUCAUGUACUUAAUAGGUUAAAGAGGCUGUCCGGGCUUUUACUGUUGAUGGAGAUACUUAUGGACUAAUUUUGCCCGUAUGUUCAUGGUACUUCAAAGGGGUUCUCCGGGCUUUUACUAUUGAUGACCUAUCCUGAGGAUAGGUCAUCAAUAUCAGAUUAGCGGGGGUCUGACACCCGGCACCCCUGCCAGUCAGCUGUAUGAGGAGACGGCACAUGCAGUCUCCCUUCCCGUCCACUGCUGCCGUUUAUAGUCUUUGCCACAGGCCGCAGCGGUGAACAGGAAUAGCCGUCUCCUCAUACCGCUGAUCCGGGGGGGGUCGCACCCCCUCCUAUCUGAUAUUGAUUACCUAUCCUGAGGAUAGGUCAUCGAUAGUAAAAGCCUGGGAAACCCCUUUAAAGUACCAUGAUCAUGCGGGCGAAAUUACUCCAUAAGUAUCUCCAAUGAAUAUUCAUGCGGUGUACUGAUCUCCAUAAUGAGCCCCAGCCCUUAGGAUUCCUUUCCUAGGUGGCACUGGGCAUCCACCCCUAGUGAAGACUCUAUUAUCGUGUGUACCCCAGCAGGGGGCAGUUUUGAGCCCACUUCAUUUAGUGUUCCGACAGCUUAUAGUAUGAUCUGACCCAUCUUUAUAUGUCAAGAAUCCUAAUACAACUCAUGGAUGUGACUGACCUCUGUAAAUGGGAGAAUCGGUGUGAACCCCCCCUCCCUACACUCCAUGACCACAGAAAGACCCAGAUGAUCCUUCCCAGUUCUGCUGACUGGGUGAAAGGGACCAUGUGAUACACCAUGUGACUCCACAGAACUAAUAAAUGCUUUCUUUUCUGCACAUAUUUUUCACUUCAGGGCUGUUCAGUGGAUGCAGAUACACUAACACAGGGAUACUUCACCUGCCGCCCUCCAGCUGUUGCAAAACUACAAUUCCCAGCAUGCCCUAAUACAGUGAUGGGGAACCUUUUAGAGACCGAGUGCCCAAACUGCAACCCAAAACCCACUUAUUUAUCGCAAAGUUCCAACACGGCAAUUUACCCUGAAUACUGCAGUCCAAUAUGGAAUAUCUUCCAUAUACUUUAUUAUUCAGCUAUAAUAGCCUGCCUACAUUCAAUGCGCUGUCUGUGCAGUUCAUAGUGCUCCCUGCGCUGAUGAAUGGCAGGAAAAGUCUGAGGCAUAUCGGUACAUCAUCAAUUUUUUUUCAGUGUGCGGGUGCCCACAGAGAGGACUCUGAGUGCCGCCUCUGGCACUCGUGCCAUAGGUUCGCCAUCACUGCCCUAAUAGAUGUAGGCUGUUCAGGCAUAAUGGGAGUUGUAGUUUUGCAACAGCUGGAGGGCCACAGGUUGGGCAUCUCUGCCCCAAUAUGACACUAUUAGGGGAUUACACUGACAGGUUCUCUUUAAAUCAUGUAUGUACCCACAAUGCAUCUGUGGUAGAUCUCUCCCAUACUGACUGGUGGAAUGUGGGAAGCUGCAGUGUAAUGGGAACAUCCUAUGAAGUCGUUUAAUCCAUCAGGACAAGAUCUGACCACAAACCCGCAGGAGAUCCAGAAGCUUCCAGUAAAUGUACAGUUGGUAAUAAAGCACUUCCAGCUCUGGCACAUUAUAUAUAUUGUGAAGGACAGAGAAUGUGCGCAGCGCAGAAGUGAAAUAAAUUUUCUUGUAUUUUUUUUUUUUUAA